AUGGCUGACGAAUGCACAGACGUGUCUAAUAAAGAGCAGUUUACAAUCUGCAUUAGAUGGGUGGAUGAAAAGUUGGUUGACCACGAGGAUAUGAUUGGUUCGAAAUUAUCACACUGCCUGGGGCAAUGUUACGAUGGUGCUUCAAACAUGACAGGAAGUAGAUCUGGUAUUGCAACUCAACUCCAGGCUGAGGAAAGUCGAGCUGUGCUCACCCAUUGCUAUGGGCAUUCACUAAAUCUGGCAAUAGGAGACGCAGUGAAGCAAUCGAAGGUGUGCAGAGAUGAUUUGGACAUUGCAUUUGAAAUCAAUAACGAAGGACCGAAUGUGGGAAUCAGAGCAUUUUGUUCUACUAGGUGGACUGUUCAUGGAGAGGCUAUUCAGAGCAUUAUUGACAACUAUAGUAUUCUCAAUCAGCUUUGGGAUAAGAGUUUAGAAACAAGACUUGAUCCAAAUGUCAAGGGCAGGAUCAUUGGUGUUCAAACUCAAAUUUCACAAUUCAAAAUUUUCUUUGAGCUGCAUCUCUGCAAGAAGAUAUUGAAGAUCACAGAUAACCUCAGUUGA